AUGUCUAACACAAUUACAGCGUCAAACGUCCCAUCAACCGUGCCUGUUGAUAAAGUUAAGGAGUUCUUUGAGUUCAGCGGGAAAGUUGAUUCGGUCAUUGCUAAGGCAACCGAAGGCGAAUUCACCACUUAUCAGAUCAAAUUUGCGGCCCCAGAAGCUGUAUCAAGUGCUGUUUUACUCAAUGGCGCCGAAUUAGAUGGUAAACCAAUCAAGAUCAUCGAAGAAGCCUCCACAGCAGCCACUACUGUUGCUCCAUCGAAUCCUCCUGCACCUGCUGGGGCACACGACACCUGGGGGAAAGUUACAAUGACUGGUGUUACUCCUGAAUCAAGUACAAUUGCUGCUGCCGCCAAAGUUCCAUACACCGAGGCUGGGGUUGCUGCCAAUCAAAAGACCACUGCUGCCGCCGCUGCCGACGCCACUGCCAAGUCGCAACCAGCCUCAAAUGAUUCUAAGAUUCAAGAUAUCGAACAAGAGCAUAAACCAAAGAGCGCAAUUAUUGCCGAAUACUUGUCUCAUGGAUAUGUCUUGAGUGACCAAGCAGUGGACAAGGCCAUUGAAUUGGACAAGAAGCAUGGUAUUUCCACCAAGUUCAAGGGGUUCUUAUCCAACUUGGAUUCCAAGUACCACGUGCAAGAAAAAGCCAGUGAAGCCAAUGCAAAGUACGGUUUUGACAAAAAGCUUGCAAAAGGAAGAAGCGACUUGUCCAGUUAUUUUGAAAAGGCUAGCCAAACUGAUGCUGGUGCUAAGCUCCAUACAUUCUAUACUGGCAUUGCUAGUGACAGCAAGCAAAUCCACCAAGAAGCCAGAAGAUUGGCUGAUUUGAAGCAAAGUGCGGCUGGGUCGACUAGCAAGCCAUCUAGUUAG